AUGAAGUUCCUGUCCCUGCUUGCUGCGGUGCUCCCGCUCGCGUCCGCUCUCAGCAUCCCCGAGAAGCGCGUCACGACCCCGGCCAACGACCCCUUCUACGUGCCGCCGGCCGGCUUCGCGUCGUCCAAGCCCGGCACGGUGCUGCGCGAGCGCCGCAUCGUCGCCGCCUUCUUCGGCCUCAUCCCGGACCCCAUCGACGCUCGCCAGGUGCUAUACCGCACCACGGCCAUUGACGGCUCGGCCAUUGCCACCGUCACCACCCUCUUCAAGCCCCUCUUCGCCAAGCGCGACCGCUUCGUCGCCUUCAACACGGCCUACGACUCGUCGGCGUCCAUCUGCAACCCGAGCUACAACUACCAGUGGGGUGCGCUCCAGACCGACAUCAUCUCGGCGGCCGAGUUUCUCAUCAUCCAGGCCUACCUGCUCUCCGGCUACACGGUCGCCUCGGCCGAUUACGAGGGCCCGGAUGUGGCCUUUAGCGCCGGGCGUCUCUCCGGCAUGGGUGUCCUGGACGGCAUGCGCGCCGUCGUCAAUUACGCCCCCAAGAUUGGUCUCGACAAGAACCCCAUGAUUGUCAAUGCUGGCUACUCUGGCGGUGCCAUUGCUGGUGGCUGGGCCGCGUCUCUCCACCCUACCUACGCGCCGGAACUGAACAUCAAGGGCUUCGCCAUCGGUGGCACGCCGGCUAACCUCACCGAGGUCCUGCUCUAUGUUGACAACACGCUCUUCUCGGGUUUCCUGCCAGGUGCUAUUUCCGGUCUUUCUACGCCCUCUGCCUACGGAGCGCAACUCAAGCCUGUUCUCGACUCAAUCGUAACUCCUCACGGCAAGGAGGUUCUUGCCCUCGGCGCCAGCCAGUGUGUCGUGGUCAACCUCGUUGCCUUUGCAGGACAGUCACUCUUUGAUACCAGCAUCCAAACUCUGGGCAAGGGCCUGCUUGACCAGAAGGACGUUGCCGCUGUGCUUUUGGACACCACCAUGGGUCUGAAGAAACAGGAAACCCCGACGGUGCCCGUCAUGCUUUACCACGCUCCGGAUGAUGAGAUCAUCCCCUAUAGCGGAUCUGACGGCCUUCGCCAGCGCUGGUGCGCCAACGGUGCCAAUGUACGUUUCACGACCUAUGGUGCUGGUGGUCACGCCACUACCGAGGUUAUUGCCCUUCUCGACGCUCUCCAAUUCACCAGUGAUGCCUUCAGCGGCCGGGUUCCUGGUGGUUGCGAUAGCAAGUCCGUUCUGACUGACAAGUUGAACCCGCUCGCUCUUGGGCUCUCCCUAGAGCCUACCCUCACCAAACUUAUCGGUGUUCUGCUGGCUCUUGGGCAGAAGGAUGCCAACUGGGUCAAGAGCAUCUCGCAGGGUAAAUCUCUGUGA